AAAACAUCUCUCCAAUCCUUUUACAGCCAUUUCCUAAUCCCACCACUCCAAGACGCCAAGAGGGGCAUCACGAUCCGUCCAAACCCGACCUCCCCCGGAGAAAUCCCCUCCCGUCAAAAUCCUCCAAUAGACGAGAUGCUCCGCGCUAGCGCCGCCUCUCCCGCGCUCCCACCCUGUCGGUCUCGGUCCGCAGAGCCAUGCUCCUGUCGCCGCCAACCCCGUGGCCGCGCGUCAAGCCCGUGCGCUUGAAUCGUCUCCCGCAGUGCAAAGACCGGCUCCUCUCGCUUCCCCGCGGCCGGCGGCCGAGGGCGCCGCGGCGGCUCGGCGUGUGCAUGGCCGAGAUGGCCUGGGUCGGGAGCGAGUCGCCCCGAGAGCUUGGGGUUUCUGACGGGGAGGGGGACGCGAUGCUGGGAGGCGACAAGUUGCCCGGUCCGAGGGCGGAGGCGGCGGCCACCCGGUGGACGCCCGUCGAGGCGGCGCUGAAUCGCAUGAGUAAAUGGCUGGUGGCUGUUUCUUUUGCUCUUGCAGCUCUUUGGAAGCGUGAUGCUGAAAUUAUGUGGGCUUUGAUGGGUGCGGUUGCGAACACUGUGCUUUCGUCCAUUCUUAAAAAGCUGCUCAACCACGAAAGGCCGGCACCGGCUUUGCGGUCUGAUCCUGGGAUGCCAUCAUCCCAUGCCCAAUCCAUUUUCUAUGCUGCAACAUUUCUAGUUCUUUCAGUGUUCUCCUGGCUUGGGACAAAUUAUCUGGCAAUGAUUCUUGGGGCUACAACUGUAGCAUUGGCCUCCUAUCUAUCAUGGCUACGGGUGUCGCAGCGUCUCCACACACUGAACCAGAUUCUCGUGGGCGCUGCUGUAGGAUCAGCCUUCAGCGCUCUGUGGUUCGCGCUCUGGCAUUUGCUCGUGCGGGAAGCUUUUGCUUCCUCGUUGUGGGUCCAAAUUCCAGUCGUCCUUGGUUCAGUAGUGUUCUCUGUUUCCUUCGUCGUCUACAUCAUUCAGCACUGGCUCAAGGAUGAGUAAUGAUAUAGAUAGCACGCAACAGGUUAAUGGACAGUGAAACCAAUCGGCCAGAGAAGGUUUUAUCCGCACUCUCUGGGAAUUACACGCAGAAAGGAGCUCGCACAAUGGUUCACUAAACAGAACAGACAGCAGUUUUGAUUUACUACUGUAUAUCAUUGAUCCGUGUAACAUAUAUCAGACGAUUGGUGCUUGCUUGCUUGGCUUGUUCAUUCAUGCUUCAUUUUUCUCGGAUGCUGUUGAUGCUGAUGCAAUUCUGGAUGUAACACGGCAAUAUGCAGCUGAUGCUGAUGCAAUUCUGGAUGUAACACGGCAAUAUGCAGUUGUUGCUGAUGCAAUUCUGGAUGUAACACAGUGAAUCAUUCAGUAUCAUCGUCGUGUGCAAUAGGAGAUCUUUUGACACAUUGA